AUGAUAUCUUGGUACUGCCUUCCCGCAGAGAUCCGUCUUGUGGUCUUGGAAAUCUUACUGCAGGACGGCUGUAGCUUGGCUGACUUCGCCAUAGUGUCGCGAGAGUGGCAGACGAUCAUCGAGCGGCAUAACUUCUCCCGGAUCAAGCUAACGUCAUCACGCCUCGCCAAUUUUGGUUUGAUGGUUCGUCGUAACAGGAGUCUCGUGCGCUACAUUUGGCUGUGCUUGGAACUCCAAGAAUAUAAUUGCACCGAAUGUGAACCUCAAGAUCCGGAGUCGGAGGGCCUAAGCAAUGCAGACAAUACCCUGAUUACCACAGCAUUCCUAGAUCUCUUCUCAACCCUUAGCGUAUGGGAACCAGACGGUAACUUGCUGUUAGAUGUCAGCGUCUACUCCCCCAGCGACUCAGAGCAUUGGUUUAAAUAUCUGACCUUUGAGCCUGAUGUUACUUCCGAUGUGUGCAGCCGGGGUCAACACACAGAGCAGUCAAUUUUGGUCAAAGCUAACGACCACUACCACGGAUUGAUUGCUAGCAGUCGAUAUUCCAUUCCUACCUCUACUGCUAUCGAUAAAGUCUUUGACGAAAUCAUGGGCGAGGGACCGUUUGAGGACGAAGAACAAGAACGCCAGCGGUGGCAGCAACUGCCAUUAGUCCCGGCAGUAACAGGUGUGCUCCUCCGUCAACAGAACCGCCGACGAUGGAAGCCGGCCGCGUUGGCACAUAUGUUUGCCUGUCUUCCUGGACUCCAGGAAAUUCAUUACGAGCCUUGGAGGGAAUGGCUUGAUAUUCAGCAGCAGUGGACGGACCAAUCUUUGCGAUUUCUUUUUGAAUCGCUCGCUUCCGAUCGACUAAGGAGACUCGUACUCUUCGAGAAUUUUAACCAAACGUACCCAGCUAGUUACAUGGAUUUGGGCUGCGACCCUAUGCGAAUAUCAUCCUCUUAUGUGGGCCGGGCGGUUGCUAAUGCCAGUCUUACGCUCGAACACCUUUCGGCGUCGUUCAUAGUGGACGCUAGCGAUUUUUUUGCUGCUCGAGAACUUUCCUGGAAGUGGCCUAACUUGACUUGGCUUGCGCUGACUUCACGACUGCUCGUGCCAGAGGGGAGCCCGAUGGAGUUGGAUGACAUGCUCCGGGCAGCAGCAGCGGCGGCCAUGAAAAUGCCAAAUCUCAGAACAAUGGAAAUAUGGAAUGGAGCAAAGGGAUUGGCGAUGCUCUUCAGGUACCAGCGAGCUGAGCGAGGGCGAGCUGCUGUGAUAACCUGGAGAGGAACAUGGGAAUUGACCCUGCGACCUCCCGUGAUCCAGGCUUGGGACACCGUAGCACUGAGGCAUCGUGGCCAAGGACAUGUUAUUAUGAAGGAGUUGCUAGAUGAUGGUGCUUAUGUCAAGUCUCAUGGUGAUGCCAUACGCCAUUUGAAAUUGUCAAGGCCGGUCAUUCUCCCUGUCUCGUUGCGGCAGAUUCACAUGGAGCACAUAAUCCGUGAAGAAGUGCAAAGCCAAUAG